CAGUCGAACCCCCAUGAGUCGAUGUUCCAUGAGUCGAUAAUUUCCACUACUCGAUGAAAUAUACAGUCACUUCGAUUUCUCAUACAUAUUUGCCCCCAGUAGUCGAUAUUUCCAUUACUCGAUGCCUCCUUUGCUCGAUGGUCCAUCCAGGUAACUAUGCCUUUGUUUGGUUUCUAUGACUCGAUGGCAUUUUCAAAUACUCGGUUCAUCAGUCGUGAAGAUCUUGUGCGAGAAAAUGGACGGCGAAAUCGUUCCGAAGAUGGAAGAGAAAAAAACUGAGAAACGAAAGAUCAAUGUGCUGACCAUUGCACAAAGAAUUAACAUCAUCGACGAAUUUGAAGCUGGUGGAUCGAAGGUAUCGGACAUCGCUAGGAGAUUCCGCGUCCCACAGAGCACUGUGUCGACGAUUUUGAAAAACCGUGAGAAAUGGCGUCAGAAGAAGCUGCAGAACGGAAACCUUCAAGGUAAAAGGGCAAAAGCACCCGUCGAUGGGCGGCUGGAACGGGCAGUUAUUAUUUUCGUCAGCCAGGCUAGGCAAAGCAACAUCCCACUAUCGGGACAGAUUAUUCGGCAAAAGGCGUGUCAGCUAGCGGAAAAGCUAGGCGUCACGGAUUUCAAAGGCAGUAGCGGGUGGCUGUUUAAAUUCCUCAAACGGCACAAAAUAUCGUUUAAAAAGCUCUGCGGGGAGAGUGCUGCGGUAGACACGAGCAUGGCAAAGAACUGGAUGACCAACGUUUUGCCAGAAAUAAUCCGUGAAUAUGAAGCGAAGGACAUCUACAACGCCGACGAAACCGGGUUGUUUUACAAAUGUUUGCCAGACAAAACAUACGCGUUUCAGUCUGAAACUUGCCAUGGAGGAAAAUACUCCAAGCAAAGGCUUACCGUCCUAUGUGCAGCAAAUAUGGAUGGAACAGACAAGCUACCUUUGUUAGUCAUCGGGAAAAGUCGCAGGCCAAGAUGCUUCAAAAAUGUGAAGUCCCUGCCGGUGGAAUAUGAAGCAAACGCAAAAGCCUGGAUGACAUCGGUUCUGUUCGAGAAAUGGAUUUUAGAAGUAGACCGUAGGAUGACCGCUGAAAAUCGGAGUAUUUUGAUGUUUGUGGACAAUUGUACGGCGCAUCCCAAAGCGAUUCAGGAUAAACUACACUCGAUCAAGCUUGCGUUUUUUCCUCCAAACGCGACGUCCGUGUUGCAGCCAUUGGACCUAGGCAUUAUUAAAUCCUUGAAACAUUAGAUAUGAGCUGUUCAAUCAACGAAUCCAUUCAAUGAAUAUGGAUCAGGUAGUAUAAGUUUGCACAAGAAUGA